CUUUCUGAAACAAAAAUGAAUCGACAAUCAACAAUUUUAAACGAUUAUAAUCGUAAUCGAUUAAAUUUGAAUAAAAAAAUUUCAACAAAAAAUAAUUCAAUGAUUCAAAUAACAUUGGAACAUGAUAAACAUGAAAAUAAUGAUUAUUAUUUGGUUAGACGCAAAUCACGUAAUAAUAAUAAUAAUAAUAAUAAUCGAAAAAGAAUGUUUAUGACUGGUAAAAAAUUGGCCAAACUGAAGCCGAAACGGCGACGUAAUAUGUUACGCAUCAUCGAGAAUUGGCCAUCAUUACGAUCGUUGGCCAAUAUGGACCUACAAUCGUUGGUGCGUUCAUUAAGGUCACAGGAUAAAAAAUCUAUACAAAAUAUGCGUGCCGAUUGUCAUGCAGAAAGACCACCACGUUUAGAUCGUUUACUUGAACAGGAAGAAUUACCUGAAGAUAUACAAGUAGAAAAUGGUUGGUCAUUAGAACGUAAAUCACCAAAUGUAAACAUUCUACAAAAUGGUCUUAUCGGUAAACGAAGACCAAUCGCUAAAUCAACUGAUUGUAUGUUUGGCCGUAUGGGCUAUACAAAAGGUUUACAUGUAUGGACAAUACAAUGGCCAGUUGAAUGUCGGGGUACACAUGCAGUAGUUGGUGUUGCGACCGAAUCAAUGCAAUAUCUACAUACAAGUGGUUAUUGUUCAUUGGUUGGCAGUGAUUGUGAAUCAUAUGGCUGGGAUAUUGUACGUAGUAGAUUUUUUCAUAAUAAAAAAGAAACAACAUAUCCAAUAUGGUUAGGAUCAUCAUCACAUGAUAAAUUUCAAAUACCGGAUGAAUUUACGGUCGUAUUGGAUAUGGAUGAAGGUACACUUGGUUUUAUUGUCGAUGGACUUUAUCUAGGUGUUGCAUAUACCGGUUUAUCCGGUAAAAAAUUAUAUCCUGUGAUUUCAACUGUUUGGGGUAAUGUAGAAAUUGGUAUACAUUAUACUGGCUAUAUGCCACCGGGACCAUUAUUAUUACGUGAAUGUUGUAGAAAAACAAUACGACAACAUUCAGGUAAAAAACGUAUUAGAAAAUUAGUACAAGAAACACGUAUACCAUUAGUGUUAAAAGAAUAUCUUCUUAAUUAAUCACUAUUCAAAACGGACAAAAAAAUCAAUCAAAAUCAAAUCGAAUUAAUAUAACGAUCAAUCAAUCAAAUCAAUCAAUCAUCAUCGAUAUAAAAAAAAGACCUUUCACAAAUGAUCUUUUUGAAUUUACGAAUCGUUUUUUUUCACAAAAAAAAAAAUCAAAAUCAUCUUCAUCUUCAUCCACAUCCAUCAUCAUCAUCAUCAUCAUUAUCGUU